AAGAUAUAAGUCAAUUUCAAAGACACCAAAAAUCUCUCUGAGCUUCAUAGUAACACAAGUAAUGGAUACGUUCCAUUCUCUCUCUAGAAAAGCAAGUUUUAUCUCUCUUCUCCUUUCCCUCCAUCUCCUUUGUGCAAUUCAUUCUGCUGCCUUCAACGUAGAAACUGUUACUUUUAAUAAAGGCUUCAGCCAUCUUUUUGGUGAAGGAAAUACUAUUCGUUCUGCAGAUGAUAAGACCGUUCAACUUCACCUAAAUCAGUAUACAGGCUCAGGAUUCAAAUCUUCAGACCUUUACAAUUAUGGUUUCUUCAGUGCAAAAAUUAAAUUGCCAGCCGAAUACACUGCAGGAAUCGUCGUAGCGUUUUAUAUGACAAAUGGAGAUGUAUUCCGGAAAACUCACGACGAAUUGGAUUUCGAGUUCUUGGGAAAUAUAAGAGGGAAAAGAUGGAGAUUUCAGACGAAUAUGUAUGGAAAUGGGAGCACAAGCAGAGGCAGAGAAGAAAGAUAUUACCUUUGGUUUGAUCCUUCUAAAGAAUUUCAUCGGUAUAGCAUACUAUGGACCACAAAUAUUAUCUUAUUUUAUAUUGAUGAUGUUCCAAUCCGAGAGAUAGUAAGAAAAGAUGAAAUGGGUGCAGAUUUCCCAUCAAAACCUAUGGGAUUAUAUGCCACCAUAUGGGAUGCUUCAGAUUGGGCUACCUCUGGUGGAAAAUACAAAGUCAAUUACAAAUAUGCACCAUUUGUGGCACAAUUCACAGACUUAGCCCUCCAUGGCUGCCCUGCCGAUCCGCUACAAGAGGUCGUAAACUCCGAUUGCGCUGCCCGAGAAGAUGGCCAACUUGCGAGUGAUGAUUAUGCGAGUAUAACCCCGAAACAAAGGAAUGCAAUGAAAAGAUUUAGAGGAAAGUACAUGUAUUACUCGUAUUGCUAUGACACGAUAAGGUACCCCGUGCCACCAUCAGAGUGUGUCGUCGAUUUGGCGAUCAGGCAGCGGUUCAAGGAUACGGGACGGCUGAAAUUUGACGAGAAACACCAUCGGCAUUUCAAGAAAAGAGGAGAGGUUAUGAAUGCGAGGAAUAAUAGGAACCAGGAGAAUGUGUGAUUUAUUACAAUAUUGUUGUGGUGUAUAGUAUACCGUAUACUUCCCUUUUUUUUUAAUUUUUUAUAAGAUUGGAUGAGGAACUUCUAUUCUUGACAUAUAUAGUUUUGAAAAUAAAAAUGGUGUCAUUAUUUUAUAAAGUA